UCUCAACCACCAGCCCCAACCACUCUUCUACCAUCCACCAGUACACCUUAAAUGUUUUGACCGCACGCCUGAGCUAUAAAUAUCUGUUGUGUCUUGCCUCUUCUUCUUACUCUUCAUUCCUCAUCUUCCUGUCUAUUGUGUCUUGCCUCUUCUUAUUACUCCUCUUUCUACACGAUGGAACAAGACCCAAAUCCAUUCCUCCGCCAUUGCAAAGGUCAAAGCAACAACUCUGGCAGCUCUCGUCCUCUCAUUCCUGGCCCGGCUGGCGCCAUCCAGGCUGCCAUGUAUGCCCGUAGAUCCACCCCUAACACACCACUCAUUCCGACCCAGGAAAUCGUGAGGCGUGUGCUAGAUCAUGGAUCAACCGAAACCGAUCCUGAUUUCAACUCACAUGCUUAGCUAUCAGCCCUGCAAGAGUGGGGAAUAGCCACUCCGCUGGGCUCUCUGACAGCGAACGUUGAGAGGAUGAAGAAUGUUGUUGCUGUUAUCAAAUCUUGCACUCCCAAUGGGUUUGGAGAUGCGAAAGUUACCCUCAAGGACCCCACGGGUGCUGUUGAUGCUAGCAUCCACCGCAAGGCAUUUACUCACAGUGAAUUUGCGAAUGACAUAACUGUUGGAUAUGUUCUCGUUCUCCAAAAGGUUGCUGUGUUUGCACCUAGAGGAACUGUUUGUUAUCUUAAUAUAACAUUGCCCAACCUAGUGAAGGUAUUCCCAAAAGAUUGCGGACCCCAUGACUUCAUCGAUAUCACAGAGGAAUAAUUUUGUUUUCGGUG